GUACCGCAAAUUUCCUGAUCACCACUUCCCCAUCAUUUCUCUAGACUGCCUGAACGCCUCCAUUCACUUCCUGAAGGCCCUGGAAGCCUAUGGGGUGGACCCCUCCCGGGUUGUAAUCUGUGGAGAAAGCAUCGGAGGUUGGGUGGCUGCCUUUGUCACCCAAACCUUGCUGGGCAGAUCAGAUCUCCCCCGGAUCCGGGCUCAGGUCCUGAUUUGUCCAGUUAUCCAAGGAUUCAGUAUGCAAUUGCCAUCCUUUCAGCAGAACCAAAACGUACCAUUCCUUUCCCGGAAGUUCAUGGUGACUUGUAUGUGUAACUAUUUUGCCAUUGACCGCUCCUGGCGGGAGGCCAUCUUGAAUGGUGCUCAUGUACCCCCGGAUGUCUGGAGGAAGUACGGGAAGUGGAUCAGCCCUGACAACAUCCCCAAGAGAUUCAAGCAAAGAGGCUACCAACCCAGGGUUCCUGCCCCUUUUAACGAAGUUCUCUAUCUAGAAGUCAAACACAUACUGGAUACAGAAAAUUCACCCCUGACAGCAGAUGAUGAGAUCAUUGCUCAGCUUCCUGAGGCCUUCUUGGUGAGCUGUGAGAAUGAUGUCCUCCGUGAUGACUCCCUGCUCUACAAGAAGCGCUUGGAGGACCAGGGAGUCCGUGUGACAUGGUACCAUGUGGAGGAUGGCUUUCAUGCCUGCAUUAUCUUAUUUGAUAAGAAGCCUUUCUCUUUCCCAUGCUCCCUGAACAUUGUGAAUGCUAUAGUCAGUUAUAUAAAGGGCAUAUGA